GACAUUGUCUAUGUCAUUGACCGCGAUGGUUCUGCUGCGUGCACCUGUGGCAUUUUUGCUUUGCACGGCGGUUGUGAUCACACAACUUUUGCCGAUAGUUUGCAGAUCCGUGCCCGGCCGCCAAAGCUAGACUUGAACCAAUUGCCUGCCACCACCCGGCAAAAGGGUCGGAAGCGGAAAGCUGAACC